UUUUGUGCUGUAGAGAGCUUUCACGUAUCUGUCUGAAUGCAGCAAUGACACAAUGCACCAAAAGACGGUCCAAAUGCACUCACUACGAAGAGACGGCACUAUCCGCUCCUCCAUCACUCACUCACCGCAUCCUCCCUCUUGAACAACUCUUCGCCCCCCGCCAAUCCCUGCCCCCAGAUGUCAAAGUGCGAAGACAAACAAAACGUGACAGACACCUUCUGACUGCGGAAAAGAAAGGUGUGUGGGGUUUGGGUGUUCGUGUGUGUAUGAUUGGCACAGCUUACAUACCGUGUGUCUGUCACAUCAAUGUAGACAGCCAUCCAGCAGAGAGACAGAAAUACCAGCAAGCAGGCAGUACAGCAAAAACGGGAAGAUGGUACGUACAGCAAAAGCUGCUCAUGUCAUGACCCUCUUUCAAACUGCUGCUGGCCAGCCUUCUUUUGGCUGUACAGCAGGCUGAGCACGAGGCUUCGCGCCUCCUCUGGUUUCCCCAUCGUAUCCACUUGGCGAUCGAUCAUCGUCUGCCACGCAUGGCGCAGCACGGGGUUGGGGUAGUCCUGGUCGUCCAGGCGGACCUGCGGCGUGUGGUAGCCGUGGCCAUAAAGCCGGCCGCCCAGUUUGUUGUUGAACCGGCUGCAGUCGAUCUCCCACACGUUCUUGUGCACUCUGUCCAUUUUCGCUGGCCCCAGCCGGCCUAUCCGCUGGCGCCACCCGCUGGGGAUACGGCCGAGACUGUACGUCAGAGGGAGGUCAUCAGACGCGUAGUAUCUGAUACACACACACACACACACACACAUGGACACAGAGAGAGAUACAUAUACACACAUGUGCAACACAACACAUACACAGACACACGGUCCGCUGCCAUGCAGAUGGACGACGGCUCGUCGAGCACGUUGUUGGGCACAUCGGCGGCCACCAUGAAGAUAUCGCGGAAUAUGCCUUCUAUGGGAUACAUCUCGUCCGCACGAAUGAGCGUCUGCCACAGCACGCGGUUGCCCAUAGAAUGUGCCAUGAUGCUCACGUUCUUCUGCAUGAGCAGGUCGGUCUCCGGGUCGGGCAGCUGGUUGGUGAGCAUUCGCUCGUCGGCUCGCAGCACCUUCGCAAGCACUCGCUCGAAUCCACACACGGACGCAUAUGCUCGCCGGCGGUCAUCCCAAUAGUCCCGGAUGAUGCCGAUCUUGUCGCCGCAUGGCCAGAUGAGACCCACCACCUUCACCCUGCCGGCGUCGUCCCCUCUCUCAGCAGCCAUCGUGUUGAACUGCGCUUGGAUCUUGGCCGUCUCGUCGAGCGCAUCUGUGGGCUGCACGUUGAAGCCAUGGAUGGAGAACAGGAUGGUCUCGGCCUUGCUGUUGCGCAGACGCGCCAGGAAUUUCUCAGAGAAGAUCUCCUUGUGUUCAUCGUCGGUGCCGCUCUCGCAAAAGUGGACGUUUCCUGAGGCGUCGUUAUUCUUCUCGUCGAAGCUGACGGAAGUGGGCUGUGAUGCGGCUUGCCCGACCGAUUCCUCACCAUCAGGCACGUUCAUUCGGUGGUUGGUGAUGAAGAGGAGCUCUCUGCGUGGACGUGCACACAUUACAUUCAUGCAUAAUCAGACAAUGAAGGGACGGCUGGGCCGCUCGUCUUUGAUGUGCGUAACUCACUCGUCGGGGUCCACUUUAUUGUUUCGGCCUUGGAGCGACGUAAUGCGGCGCUUCAACGGAGAUCCAUUAAUGGGCCCAUGCGUGUGCAAGAAGCCAGCUGGCGUGCCUGCCGAGAUGUCAUGGCAGCGCACAACAGGGAAGGCGACGCACAGCAGAAGGCCCAAGAACUUCAUUGCCUGACUCUGGUGCCUGACACAAAAGCACUCGUCAUGCAACUCCCGGUCAAAUGGGAAGAACCAUACAGCAUAUAACCUUUGCGCUCACCGUUCUUUUGUCGGUCCUCCGGAGGUGGUUGUCAAGAGGGAGAGCAACGAAACCCAAAAGCCCGCACGGAAGAGGGAGGCACUCAUUGCAAAUGGCAAGGCUGCAAGCAGAUAUCUGAUCACCGCACAACAAACGGGGCGGGUCCAAGACGUGAGACGG